AUGUAUGGCAGUUCGCAGAGGGGCGACACCCUGCCCGAAAGUUGGACCCAUGAGAGAUUCUUUCUCGUGCCAGCAAAGCCCUACCUGGUGCCUGGUUCCGUCGUUGGCCUGUACAACGAGCGAUCUCAGAACUACCUGCGAUUGAGACACUGGGACAUGGAUGGCCACCGGCCGCCCAACCCCCCGAAUUUUCCUUCAAACUGGGGCUGGGAGAAAUUCAAAGUUCUCGAUGCUGGCGCUGGUCGGGUGGGCUUGUGGAACUACGUCCAUAGAAAGAUGAUCAAGAUG